AUGUUUUUGACGCAAAAAGAACAACUAUUACUCCGACAUCAAAACGAUAUUCAGACAUUGAAUAAUCAACUACAAAAAAUGGAAAUUCAUGUGAAGGAAAGCGAACAACGUUUCAGCAGUGAGAAGAAAUCGAAAAACGAUUUGAGCGAACAAAUGGAGAAAUAUGAUUUGAUUCUAAAACAUCUCAUCUCGCUUUGGCUUCCACUUCAACGUAGAUAUUUACAACUGAUCGAUUCGAAUCGUUUUCUUAAACAAGAAUAUGUUCGGUACAACCAAAUCAAACAAAUUCUCAAUCCGAAUCAUUUAUUUCCAAAUCGUUUUCGACUUUAUGCCAUUUCCAUCAUUGCUGCGAAAAGAUUUUCUUCGCUGAAGAAAAAUUCUCUUUCUGUCAAACUUCUCCCUGCAUCAUCGAAUGUCUUUUACGAUGAAAAUAUUCUUUCAAACUAUAACAAAAAGAAUUUCAUUCCGAAUCUCAAUUUCGAUCAGUUAUUUCCAUCGUUGAUUCAUCAAUUGAAUCGAUUUUAUUCGCCAAUACAAAAAGGAACAUUGCUUAAAUCAAUUGCCAAUGGACUUCCGAGAUCUUCGUUUACAAAGACAAAUGAUCUGAUUCAUUCGUUGAUUGUUCAAGUUGACCAAUCAGAAUUGAAACUUCGUGAAAAAGAAAAUGAAUGUUCGCAACUGGAGAAAACUUUGGAGAAAUAUGCGAAUGAAAUCGAUUCUCGAAUUGAUUACAAUCAAUUUGAACGCAUAUGCGAUGAAUUACAACGAGCACUGGAUCGUGAAAAACAAGCGCAAGAUUUACUGAACGAACAAAAUAGCCAAUUGAAAUCUUUAACGGAUAUUAUUCACCAGACGCAAAACGAAAAAGAUUUCAUUCAAGAGAAAUGCAAUCAGAUGAAACAGAACGAAAAUUAUUCGAAAGAGAAGAUUCAGCAGUUGACGAAAUCUCAUCAACAAAUGGAUGAAAACGUGANGGAUAUUAUUCACCAGACGCAAAACGAAAAAGAUUUCAUUCAAGAGAAAUGCAAUCAGAUGAAACAGAACGAAAAUUAUUCGAAAGAGAAGAUUCAGCAGUUGACGAAAUCUCAUCAACAAAUGGAUGAAAACGUGAAACGAGCUGAGAAGGCGAUACGACUGGUUGUUAAUGAUAAAGAGAUGAUUUCUGCGUUUUGUACGCGAAUUAAUUCUUUAUUAAAUGUGGGUGAAAGACGUGGACUAGAAAGUUUACAGCAAACUCUGAUUCAAUUGGACGAACUCGUUCAACUUCCGCCGAAUUUCGAUCAGAAAAAGUCUCCGCCUGAGAUGAUCUUAUGUCAAACUAUGGCAAAUGGAUUUGUUCAUUUGUUGAGUCGUCUCAAAGACGUUUUGAAUGCAAAUACAAAAGAUAUUGAAUCGUUGAAAGAACAUUGUCAAAUGUUAACUGAUCAAUUUCGACAAACUUCGACAGAAGAGAUCUCACAGACGAAUGAUUCGUCACAAACGAUUAUCGUUCAAGCACAUCCUGUUCGAAUUCAAGUGAACCAUCAUCCUCAAUCAGCAUUUAAACCUAUUAAACCGGAACAAGAUGACUAG